AUGGGUUGUCAGGCUUGUGUACUGGUGUCAUUUGGUGUUCUAAGUUUUAUCGAACGUUUCGUGACCAGUCAGGAUAAAGCAAUUUUCACCGCAUAUCCUCGGGAGAGUAGCGAAUUGAGGUGCACCAGCAAUUUCUUGAGAGUGUGGUGCACGAUGGGCUGGGUCCAGAUCAACAAAUAUACCUUUCGUGGCUGCGACGGGGGCGUUACAAAUGAGCGUGGUGAUACGCCUUUCCCUUUGGUCGUGGCGCACGGCAGGCCAGUUCUGUUACGACCAUCGAAUAGCGUAUUAUAUUGGCUGCUUCUUCAAAUUCUCUUUCCCAGUCAUCUUCUACAAACUCCUGUUCGACGCAUUGCCCUGAACCCUUUCCCCUCGGCUAUUAUUAUCUUCAUCAACAAACCGGCCAACUCCUGGGACACUUCUGCAGCCAGGAUGGGUUCGGUUUACUUGGCCUUCAUGGGGUGGUUUAAAGUUCGAGGUACGCAGACGCUACACCACUCGGUGUAUACCAACUUGUUCGCGGAUAUGGGGAUGUGGAACAUGGGAACCGAGUUCAUGGGAGAUCUGAAUACAUGGAGCCCCUUGACCGCGUUCAUGUCCGCACAGAUAUCGGUCAGGUUGAGCCUAUACUAUGUGCCUAAUGGCACAACCUCUCCGCCGUCAGAUCGUUGA